AUACUCUAGGCCUUUUAAAGGCCGCCUUAAACCUUUCGCGUUCUCGCUCGUUACCUGUAAACCCUAAACCCUUGCAUCUGCUGCUGGGGCCUGAAUCCUCCGCAUCAUCCUCAUCACCGUUUCUCCACCGUUGCGACAGCCACGUUCCUCACCUCUCACUGCGAGAGUGAAUAUGAAUUUCAACAACGUUAAGGUUCCGAAAGUUCCCGGUGGUGGUGCAGUUUCUGCUUUGCUUAAGGUUGGCAUAAUUGGUGGGCUUGGCUUGUAUGGAGCUGCCAACAGUCUGUACAAUGUCGAGGGAGGGCAUCGAGCCAUUGUGUUCAACCGGAUAAUCGGUGUCAAGGACAAGGUCUAUCCAGAGGGUACACACCUCAUCAUUCCAUGGUUUGAGAGGCCAGUCAUUUAUGAUGUCCGUGCACGACCUCAUCUAGUGGAGAGUACUUCUGGGAGCCGUGAUCUCCAAAUGGUGAAAAUUGGGCUUCGAGUGCUUACUCGACCUCUACCAGACCAGCUGCCUACAGUUUAUCGGACUCUUGGUGAGAAUUACAAUGAGAGAGUCCUUCCUUCCAUUGUUCAUGAAACUUUGAAAGCUGUUGUUGCACAGUAUAAUGCUAGUCAGCUCAUUACUCAGAGAGAGACUGUCAGUAGGGAAAUACGAAAGAUUUUGACUGAAAGGGCUGCCAAUUUCAACAUUGCGCUGGACGAUGUGUCAAUUACAACUCUUACUUUUGGGAAGGAGUUCACGGCUGCAAUUGAGGCCAAACAAGUGGCUGCACAGGAAGCUGAGAGAGCCAAGUUUGUUGUGGACAAGGCUGAACAAGACAAGAAGAGUGCUAUCAUCAGAGCAGAGGGAGAGGCGACAAGUGCCAAGCUGAUUGGUGAAGCUAUUGCAAACAAUCCGGCAUUUAUUACACUGAGGAAGAUUGAGGCUGCAAGAGAGAUUGCACAUACAAUCUCAAAUUCCGCAAACAAAGUCUUGAACUCAGAUGAUCUGUUGCUGAACCUUCAGGAGAUGAAUUUGGAUGUCAACAAGAAGAAAUAGACACUGCAGGUUGGACUUGUAAUAAUUUCGUUUCAGAUUGUAAAAUUGUGGAAAUAGUUCCUUGAAGAGUUGAGCAAUGGACCUUAGAGUUUACUUGUCUUUUGAUACACCGCUAGUUGGCAUGGCAAUUGCUGUUCGCAGAGAUAAAUUUUGAACACUUAAUGGAACUUUUCUGAUGCAAUUACUUGUAGGUGUUUCACAUGUUAUAAUAUCUGAUGUUCAUCCCGUC